GUCAUGACUCUGUCCAAAACUGGCUUCUCUCGUACCUUAUUAUUAUAAGGUUGCGCUCUGUUCUCACGGCGCCAAAUUAAUUCUUUCUCUCGCUUUCUCCACCAAAUCAAAUCCACUCCUCUCAAUUUCAUUUUCAUUUUCCCCCAAUUUUUUAGGGUUUUAGCCUCUCCAUUUUCUAGGGUUAGGGUUUGUUUUUUUCACUUGUUUCACAGCCAUGAGUGAAUGGCAACCACUUCUGCAAUCAAUUUUCAUCGGCUUAAUAUUCUCUUAUCUCGUCGCCAAGUUAAUCUCUUUAGUUGUUUCAUUCAAAGACGACAAUUUAACAAUCACUCGUAACACUGAGUCUAAUUCUCAGUCUAAGAAAACCGUCGUUCUUCUCGAUGAGAAUCCGCGUGGACCGGAGGCCGAUUUGGGCCUGCGCCUGGCCCACGAUGCUCGCGAGACUGAAUCUAUGAUCGCCGAACUUGGGAGCGUGAGAAAUGAGAGCUUACCUUGCAGUGAUUAUGAUGACGACGACGAUGACGACUGGGAGGGUGUUGAGAGCACGGAAUUGGAUGAGAUGUUCAGUGCUGCGACGGCGUUUGUGGCGGCCACUGCUGCAACGUCUCCCGCGCAGAAGGUUUCGAGUGAUGUGCAGUUACAGCUUUAUGGGUUGUACAAGAUUGCCACUGAAGGACCCUGUAGUACUCCCCAGCCUUCUGCUUUGAAAAUGACGGCUAGAGCCAAGUGGCAAGCGUGGCAGAAAUUGGGUGCUAUGCCUCCAGAAGAAGCAAUGCAGAAAUAUAUUGAUAUUGUUACAGAGCUAUAUCCUACUUGGGCUGCUGGUUUAUCCACUAAGAGCAGAGGUGGAGAUGAUGAUGCAGUAACUAGAGAAUCUAAAGGACCGAUGGGGCCUGUUUUCAGCUCUUUUGUGUAUGAGGAGGAAUCUGGAAAUGAGUUGAAAAUGGAUGCUGUACAUGCUUUUGCCAGAGAAGGAGAAGUGGAUAAUUUGCUUAAAUGUAUUGAAAAUGGUGUUUCAGUGAAUUUGAGAGAUAGUGAGGGUCGGACUCCAUUGCAUUGGGCUGUAGAUCGUGGCCACCUCAACGUCUGCGAACUCCUUGUUAGCAGGAACGCUGAUGUAAAUGCAAAAGACAAUGAAGGCCAAACUCCAUUGCAUUAUGCUGUUGUGUGCGAGAGGGAAGCUGUUGCUGAGUUUCUUGUGAAGCAAAAUGCUAACAUAGACAUACAGGAUAAUGAUGGCAACUCCCCUAGUGAGAACUGGCCUUGGAUGCGAGAUGCAGUGAAACAGAGUGACUGAUGGUUGUGUUUUGUUAUGGUAGCUCAAGUAAUUCUCGACAAAUUUCUCAUGCUUGUACAUGGCUAUACAAUGAUAACAACCUCUUUCAACUUAUUUCAUCUUAAUGAUAUAUUAGUAUCGGGCUUUAUAUUCUCGGCCCUCUGCUAAUUGUGAUUCUUCA